AUGAAACUCAUUUCUCAAAGUUGGCAGAACUAACCAUGGGAUUGAUUUUGUUGUUGGUUUCUCUGCUCUUUGGCUAUGGUGCAAUUGAACUCCAUGCCUCUCAUUAUUUUGAUAGUCAUCUUCAAAGUAUUCCUUUUCCUCGAUCCCUUAUUUCUGAUGAUCAACCAUACAGAACCGCAUACCAUUUCCAACCUGUAAAGAAUUGGAUUAAUGAUCCCAAUGGACCAAUGAUAUACAAUGGAAUUUAUCACCUAUUUUACCAAUACAACCCGGACGGCGUAGUAUGGGCUCCACCGGUGUGGGCCCACUCAACAUCAACCGAUCUAAUAAACUGGACCCCACAACCUAUAGCCAUCCAACCAGAAAUGGACGCCAACAUAAACGGAAGUUGGUCUGGAUCAGCCACUAUACUCCCAGGAAAUAUACCUGCAAUGCUUUUCACUGGACUUAACCCAAAAUAUGAACAAGUUCAAGUUUUAGCCUACCCUAAAGACAUAAAUGACCCUUAUCUUAAGGAAUGGUUUUUGGCACCCAAUAAUCCAGUCAUGUUCCCUACGCCGGAAAAUCAAAUCAAUGCCAGCUCAUUCCGGGACCCGACGACGGCGUGGAGACUCCGAGACGGAAUAUGGAGAGUACUUGUUGGGAGCAAGACUGGAACAACUGGUACUUCAUUACUAUUCAAAAGCAAGGAUUUUGUUAAUUGGGUACAAAUUAAGGAACCUUUAUAUUCAUAUAAACUUAGUGGCAUGUGGGAAUGCCCUGAUUUUUUCCCUGUUUAUAUAAAUUGUAAACCAAUUGGUGUUGACACUUCUACAAUUGGUCAUCAUGUUAAACACGUACUUAAAAAUAGUUUGGAUGAUACUAAGCAUGAUAUUUACACAAUUGGGACUUAUUUGCACGAGAAGGAAGCGUAUGUGCCUGAUGUUGGUUUUAUGAAUGAGUCGAGUUUGAGGUAUGAUUAUGGUAAAUAUUACGCUUCCAAGACAUUCUUUGAUGAUGUUACUACAAGGAGGAUUUUACUUGGUUGGGCUAAUGAAUCCUCCAGCGUGGCAGAUGACAUGGAAAAAGGAUGGUCCGGUAUUCAUACGAUUCCUAGAAACGUUUGGCUUGAUUGCAGUGGGAAGCAGUUGAUCCAAUGGCCAGUUUCAGAGAUCGAAGCUUUGAGAGAAAAGCCAAUAAGUGUACCACACCAAGUUCUUAAAGGAGGAUCAAUCAUAGAGCUUCAUGGUGUUACUGCUGCUCAAGCAGAUGUAGAAAUAUCAUUUGGAAUUCAUGAUUUGAAGAAUAUUGAAAAGUUCAAGGCAAGUUGGACGGACCCACAAUUGCUUUGCAGUCAAAAAGGGACUUCGGUGAGUGGUGGGCUUGGCCCAUUUGGAUUACUGACUUUAGCUUCCAAAGGCCUGGAAGAGUACACUGCUGUCUUCUUCAGGGUUUUCAAAGCCCAUAACAACAAAUUUGUUGUCCUUAUGUGUAGUGACCAAAGCAGCUCUUCUCUAAAUCAAACUCCAGAUAAAACAUCGUAUGGAACUUUUGUAGGCGUAAAUCCUAUUCGUGAAGGAUUGUCCCUAAGAAUAUUGAUUGAUCACUCUGUAGUGGAAAGCUUUGGAGGGAAAGGAAAGAAUGUGAUAACCGCAAGAGUUUAUCCAACAAUGGCAAUAUACGAUGACGCCCAUUUGUAUGUCUUUAACAAUGGAACAGGGAGUGUUAGAAUCACUUCAUUGACUGCUUGGUCCAUGAAGAAAGCCCGAAUUGCUUAAUUAACUUGAAUCUUUCAUGAUAACACAUCGAGAAAUACUCUCGUUAUUUGUGUUUCAUUAUGGAGUACCACAUUUUUACAACAUUCUAAACGUAAUACUACGUGCUACGUAUCUUUCUAAAAUGUGCCACAAUAUAUUUAGAUU